CACCAAAUGCAGUCAUGUCUGUGGGGCUUACCUUUUAUUUUUGUUGUGUGAAAUAACAUUCAACAAAUUGCAAGAAUGUGGUUCAGGCCCUUUAUUCAGUCUUGUCUAAGUAACGUUCUAGCUUAAUUACAAAGUGACACAAGGAUUAUCAAGCAGAGCCUUAAGGCACAGUGUAGUCACAGAUCAGACAAAGUGAUCAUGAUAAACCCAAUUUUCCAUCCCUAACAUUUAGGAAAAUGAAAUUCUGCUCUGACUCACCAACUAAUUAUAUUUUUACAAAUACCAGAUGAAUUAUUUAUUUCUCCUGCAAUAAAUACACCACAGUCAAUUCUGAAACUGAGAAUUUUCACUUCAGAGUAGUAAUAAGAAAUUAAUGUGAUUGCUAUAAAUAGGUGGAAUAAAAGUUACAUUAAAUUGAUAUUUCCUAGUCACUCUGCCACAAGUUACUGGGGUCUGAAUAUAAAUGCAGUAAUACUCUGCACAAUCUGGGUAACCUAUGCUCGUGAUAGAUAAAAUUCAAUUUGAAUAAAGGCCAGAAAAGGCUACAAGAAUAAACGGCAUGUAUCUAUGCAGAUAAUGGAGGAGAGAAGACAGUAGCUCAAAAACAACAGACUACAUUGAUUCGUGAACAGAAUAAAGCAAAUUUUUCAUGACCAGAAAGUAGGAAUUAAAAGGCUGAUGCUUUGUAAUGGCGAGUCUUCCAGGACAUUCAGGUAGCAAAGUGAGAAAAAGUUAGGCUUUUAUCAGUAUUUUAAAGAGCAUGAUUGACACGAUUGCCCGAGAUACCAAAUCGCUGGCAAAAUGAAUAAGAUGGUCAGUUCCAAUAAUUGUUGCUAACAUUUGAUUUACUGCAGCAAGAGUGGAACAAGUGGAAGAGUGUACAGAUCACAGAAGGAGAGGCUGGCCACCUGGACUGCAUUGAGUACUGCUCAGGAGUGGAUGAGGAGGCAGUUGAGAGACUGUGGGUGGGAAUUAAGGGGCAGGCUGGCAUGGGUGACACUGUUGUGGUGCCGUCUAUUACAGACCACUGGAUCAGAACUAAGAAGCCAACGAGGCCUUUUACAGGCAGCUGAUAUCAGCCUUGCAAUUACAGGCCCUGGUUAUCGUGGGGGAUUUUAACUACCCUGAUAUUUGCCGGAAGGUCUGCUCAGCCAGCCAUCCACAAGCCACCCAAGAGGUUCCUCCAGUGCACUGAUGAUAACUUCCUGAUGCAAAUGGUGGAUGAGCCAACUAGGAGAGGAGAGCUGCUGCAUCUUGUUCUCACUAACAAGGAGGGCCCAAUUGAAGUGGUGAAGGUUGAGGGCAGCCUUGGUUGCAGUGACCAGGAGAUGAUGGAGUUGAGAAUCACACGUGGCAGGAUCAGAAAACCAAGCAGAAUCACAACCCUGGACUUCAGUAGGGCCAACUUGGUCCUUUUGUAGCAAUUGCGAGUGGAAAUCCCAUGGGACAGAGUACUUGAAGGUAAAGGGGCCCGAGAUAGUUGGUUAGCAUUCAAGGACUGCUUCUUCCAAGCUCAUGAUCAGAGCAUCCCAACAGGUAGUACGUCAAGAAAGGGAGCCAGGAGACCUGCGUGGUAAAACAGGGAACUGCUGGGCAAACUCAAGUGGAAGAGGAGAGUCUACAGAAGACGGAAGGAGAGGCUGGCCACCUGGGAGGAAUGUAAGACUGUUGUCAGAGGAUGAAGGGAGGCAACUAGGAAAGCUAAGGCCUCCUCAGAAAAAAAUGUUGCUAGAGAGGUCAAGAAACACAGAAAGGGCUUCUUCAAAUACACUGCAGACAAAACUAACACUAGAGGCAAUGUAGGCCCACUGAUGAAUGAGGUGGAUGUCAUGGUGACAGAAGACACACAGUAGGCGGAGUUACUAAAUGCCUUCUUUGUCUCUGUCUGUAGUGCUGGAGGCUGUCCAGAGAAGCCUAGAUCUACAUUGCUCAGAGAUAAGCAAUUAUACCAGUGCCUGGAAUGCAACCUUAUGAGAACCCUGAAGCUGUGGGGGCACUGACCUGGACUGCCACACCCCCGCCCCCCAACUGCUCUCUUGCUUACCCUCCUCACAGUGGUGGGGUGAAUGAUAUGAUGCAACAACUCAGCUAAGGACGGGGAGGUCACACACCAGGUACAACUCUGCACAAAGUGGUUUCAGUUUGAAGAGGAUUCAUUUAAUUACGCAUUAAAAAAGAACUGGGAUAGCGAGAACUAAAAGCAAACUAAAACCACUUCCUAAGUUGUGUCUAACUCAGGUGUUUGAAGUAAGGAUGGCAGCAGCGCAUCUCAAGGAUGGUCCCCAAACUGGUACACGUGUUCACUUGUUGUCAAUGCUCCAAUGUUAUGUAUUUUUUGAUUAUACUCAAGUUACGUCCAUAACUCCCCCCAUCCCCAUGCUGGGGGCUACUGCCAGCCUAGUUCCAUAUGGGCUGUGACCUCACAGAGUUAUCCCCACCCGCCAGACUAUGAUCUCACGGCUCUGCCCAGGUGAGCCAGCGGCCAGCACUUUGUCUCUCCCAGUGCGGUCGUGACCAGCUUUGAGCGAUGGUUGUCGACAGCUUUCUCCUUGUCCCCAGCCUCCUGCUCCUGGUGGCUGGGCUGUUUCUGCUCACCCCUCUCUGGCGCCGACAGGGUUCUGACCGGCGCCGGCAAUGGUGGACAUGGUGGCUGCAAGUGGUGGCAUCAAAGUCAGGUGCUGAGAGGCAGACAGGCAGGCACAGGAGCCCCCUGUGCAGGCCACGUUGCUCCCAGCAGCAAGCGUCACAAUGGCAGGGCAGUCCCAUCCUGCCCCAUCCCGUGCAGCCAGGAAAGAUCUGGCCUUUGGUGCUGCGCAGUCUAUGGCCCUCUCUUCACAUGGACUCUGCUACUGGUACCUCGAGCUCUGCGGGGAAACCCGGCAGGCUUCCCAGACAGGACCAGCGCCCGCAGGUUCUGGUGGCACGCGGGACCCCCAGGACGCUCAGUCAGCGUCCUAGGCUAGGCGGUGGAGUUAAAGACCUGCCGCCUGAGAUCUCCAACUUCACAAAGCCACCAGUGAAAGGGUUGGUCUUCCAGGAGGGCCUCGUUCAAACAGAGGAGAGAAAACGCUGGUGGCACUACCAGACCAAGAGGCUCUUUUGGCAUAGGCUCUCCCCAGCACUUCCCAAAGGGCACAAGAAGCCAGGAGCAGCAGCAAGACUGAAAACUGAAGCCCGCCAGCCCUUCAACUCUGGCUUCAGUGACAAGAGGAGCACAGAGAAAUUGGACCUGCUCGCUAUGGAAAGGCUGUACCGGCAGCUCCUGGUGUCCCUAAACCGGCCCAAGACUGACAAGUCUGGCAGCGGAAAUGAAGAGGAACCACCUGUAACCUCUUCCUGCUCGCUGCCACCAGUGAAAGGGACGAACGCACGUAAGAACAUCCUUCCAACAGAGAGGGGAAAUGCUGGUGGAAGAGCCAGCCUUCUAUAGCCUCCGCAGCACUUCCCAGAGUCUGGAUGGAAGCUGGAGCAGCUGCAGGACCAACACCAGGACCAGCUUCAAGCCUGCAGAAAAGGAGACAGCAGAACUGAAACCUGCCAGCACCUAAACGCUGCUGUCAUUGUUAUGGAUUUACUGUUAACAUACCAAGAGAGAAUCUCAGCCCUAAGAUCAUUUGCAUCAUACCAUUUCAGUUUGAGAUCUUUCAGAUUUUUAAAGAGUUAAUUUAAUAAAAGUCACACUAAUCUUCAGAGAAUUGCUAUCCCUAUUGACUUUUAACAGUAAGAUCAAGCUCUCUCUACGAAGAACAGCUGCAGAGUAUGUAAGACUGCACUGGGGAAGGGAUCUGAAGCAAAAAGGGCUGACAAAACGCUCUUCCGGGGGCUUUCUGAAGCCAGCAAAAAUGCUUUGCUAGGGGUUGGCAGCUUGUGGGCGGGCUGCUGAGCUCACAUGGGCACAGCCGGCACUGCCCCCCAUGGACCAGGCUACCUGGCCAUAAGUACCUCGGGGAGGGCAGCAGCUAGCUGCCACCCACAGAGCACGCAGGGUGAGCAAACCGUGUUGGUGUGUGCGCCUUGCUGGCUGCAGCCUGUCCGGCAGGGCAUUGAGCCUCUGCCAAUACACAAAUGUCUGGCUAUGAGACUGGCAGGGCAUUGGGUUCUUUGAUAGUGGCCGGUUUUGUAAGACACCAGACCUGACAGUAAUGCAUGGAAAAGGUUUAUGUCACAGUGGCAAAAGGGUUUUGGGACAGGAAUUAGCAGGGCUCAUUCUGAGAUCUUUAAGCUUGAUUUGAAGGGGAAUGGGGUUGUAGCUGGACUUGCACUGGUGGGGCAGCGCUCUAGUAUUGAUCAAGGCCAGGUGGCCUCCCAUCUCCCUAGGGUGAAAUGGGCAUGGUCAGCUCGCUCCCUGAAAUGCCUGUACACCAGUGCAUGCAGCGUGGGAAUAAGCAGGAGGAGUUACAAAUCCAUGUUCGGGCAGGAAACUAAGAUCUGGUGGCAAUUAUAGAGGCCUGGUGGGACAGAUCACACGACUGGAAUGUGGUCAUGGAUGGCUAUGUCCUUCUCAGGAAAGACAGGCCAGCAACGCGAGGUGGUGGAGUUGCUCGUUAUGUGAGAGGGCAACUGGACUACACUGAGUACUGCCCAGGAGUGGAUGAGGAGGGGGUUGAGAGACUGUGGGUGGGAAUUAAGGGGCAGGCUGGCAUGGGUGACACUGUUGUGGUGCCGUCUAUUACAGACCACUGGAUCAGAACUAAGAAGCCAACGAGGCCUUUUACAGGCAGCUGAUAUCAGCCUUGCAAUUACAGGCCCUGGUUAUCGUGGGGGAUUUUAACUACCCUGAUAUUUGCCGGAAGGUCUGCUCAGCCAGCCAUCCACAAGCCACCCAAGAGGUUCCUCCAGUGCACUGAUGAUAACUUCCUGAUGCAAAUGGUGGAUGAGCCAACUAGGAGAGGAGAGCUGCUGCAUCUUGUUCUCACUAACAAGGAGGGCCCAAUUGAA